UCUGUUCAGCACCACACUGUGCGCGCUCUCUGCGCCAGAAAUAGUCCUAUUAGCGCGAACAACAUUAGCGGGCUUACAGUGACAGACUCACACUUGAUCGGAUUUUCCUGCUCUUGCUCCUUGGUCAUGGCGCUGCUUUGAGGAAACAGCAGGGCCAGCGUAUGGUGAGGGGUAGACCUCCCACGGACUGAGUUUUACGCAAAGAAACUGAGGAGUUUGUUCGGCUAGAGUUCGGAGUUUUCACUCUACAUGAUUGUUCUUUUAAACAGAACCGGUAUGUUUUCAUUCUUGUGCGGAUUAUUAUGCCUUUGCGCGCUAAUAAUCGCACAGCCGGAUGAUGGAAAGCGGUACAUCUGCCGGGCAGUACCCAUCAGCGGGGACGCCAGCUGCCCUGUGACAUUACUACCCGACCUCAGCUCCGGGGGUCAGGAAGAGGAGCUCCGGAACACCGUCAUGCAGCUACGGGAGACGAUCCUACAGCAGAAAGAUACGAUCUCCAAGCAGCUGGGGACCAUCAACGAGCUGACCACCAAGCUGUCCCUCUGCGCCUCGGCCACCGACAGGAAGUACGGUAAAGGGGCUUCGUGGGGGAAGGACAAGCAGAACACGAUGGGGGACGUCCCCACAGACCCAAACGACUCCAUCGACAGCCUCGGGAAAACCAUGCAGGGGCUCAAGGAGCGGCUGGAGAACCUGGAGCAACAACAAAUGAGGGCCAACUUAUCUGGCACCUCAUUCCCCAGCGAGCUCCGUGACCUGCUACAGCGUCGGCUCGGGGAGCUGGAGAAACAGCUCCUGAAGAAGGUCAGUAACCUGGAGCAAGAGAAGAGCCAGUUGUCUAACGCCACGGCCGCCUACAGGCUGAAGACAGAGAGCACCCUGAAUGCCCUGGUGGAGAGGAUCAGCGAGUUGGAGAAAGGGGGGGGAGACUUUAAGUCCCCUGAGCAGUUUAAGCUGUCCCUCCCUCAGAGGACCAACUACCUGUAUGGCCGUAUCACCAAGACCCUCCCGGAGAUGUACGCCUUUACGCUCUGCAUGUGGAUCAAGUCCAGCGCCAGCCCGGGUGUCGGAACGCCUUUCUCCUACGGCGUUCCGGGGCAAGCGAAUGAGAUUGUGCUGAUCGAGUGGGGCCACAACCCCAUUGAGCUGCUCAUCAAUGACAAGGUUGCCCAGUUGCCACUGGAAGUACGGGAUGGCAAAUGGCACCACAUCUGCAUCUCCUGGACCACACGAGAUGGCCAGUGGGAGGCCUACCAGGAUGGGGAGAAGCUGGGAACUGGAGACAACCUGGCAGCUUGGCACCCCAUCAAACCUGGAGGAGUCAUCAUCCUGGGGCAGGAGCAGGAUGUGGUAGGCGGGCGUUUUGAUGCUGGACAAGCUUUUGUGGGCGAGCUGAGUCAGGUGAACAUCUGGGACCGUGUCCUGAAGCCUGUGGAGAUCCAGUCGAUAGCAAACUGCAGCUCCUACCUCGCUGGUAACGUGAUCUCCUGGCUCUCAAGCAACGUGGAGGUUUUUGGGAGGGGGGCCUUCAAGCGUCCCCUGGAGAUAUGCCUCGAGCGGCUGCCCAACCUUUAGAGCUUUCCUGUCUGCUCCUGGUUUUAUUGUUUCCAUCAGUUCAACAAAUGCACUGACCAUUGUUACUGUGAGGCCCUCCUGGACUUUAUUUCAUAGUUUCCAUCUAUUCAUCAGCAGCAUAAAUGUAACAUUUAUUUUAAGCUUUUUAUGAUUCCUUUGCAAAGGUAUUUUUCAGGGUGGAAUACAUAAUUCAUCCAUCAUCUAUCCAUUCAUGGUCGUGGGAGGAGGCGCUGGUGAUUAUCUCCGGCAGUCAAUGGGCAAGAUGCAACAUGCAGAAUCAGCGAUUUUUAAAAACAGGAGCAAGGUCACAGGUUUGAACUUGUUCUUGGUUUUCUCUCCUUCAUGGAGGAUCAGAAUGAAACAAGCUCAAAUACACACACUUCCACUAACAUUUUUUUAAAUGUUCCUUAGAAACCUGCACAGAAAACACAUGAUUUUAUCUAAGGCAAAAAGCUUCUGUGCGGAUACUGGAUCACUUCUUCAAUCAGAAAGGAUAGAUUUUAUCCUGAUGUCAGAGCCAUUCCAGAAGCUUGAUGUCUGCAUUCUUUAUCCAUUCCAAGUCAAGUUUAGAUGUGGGUUGGAAUCAUUGCCCCAAAUGACUCCAAGUUUCAACAGUCCGACCCAAACUGUCCCCCUCAGAUGAAGGAACAUUAGUUAGAAUGUUCAAGAGAACUACCCAGGAACCACCAAGGUCCAACCUCUCACACCUAAGAAUACUGUAUUAACUGCCAAGCAUGGUGGUGGUAGCAUCAUGCUAUGGUUCUGAUUUGCUGCCAGUAGUACAGGUGUACUGAACAAAGUGAUUGGAAUAAUGAAGAAGGAGGACACCUCAAGUUCAUCUUGCAUCAAAAAGUAGUUCAAACUUGGACACAGAUUGUCACAUUUUAUUGUUGCUUAUGUCCAAAACAGUGGGCCCACCACCCACAGGGGGAACCGUGAGGGACCCGUGCAAAGAGGAUUGGGUGGCGGACGAUGGUGGAGACCUCAGCGGCCCGAUCCCCGGAUGCUUAGGCUGGCUCUAGGGACGUGGAA